CUGUUUUCGACUCCCCUCCGUCCCCAUCCUCUCCGACUGUCGCCCCCAAAAUAUGGCGCUAGAAGCGAAGUCCACGAACCCUGAGAGAGCGGAGUGAGGGGGCACCGCUUGUUUCCCUUGGAGCACGAUGUCUUGCAUUAACCCCUAUUUCUCAUACUCGGGUUCCCUCUGAAAUUAUUGUCUCCAAAAAAGAAAGAAAAAGACUUUUCAAGUCCAGAAACAAUGGCCUCGUUUUUACUUCGUCGAAGAGUUUUGUCUCUGGGCGUUUCUCGCACUCUCCGCGGAAAUAUGGAGCCCAUUUGGCUGCCCAUGGAAUUGAGGAUUGCAGCUUUAGCUACCAUUUCUGAUACAACGAGAAAGUACAGCGGUUGCACUGGUACCACAAAGUUUGACUUUACAGAUCUCACUCGUCCUCAUACAUGGUACCCAAAUGCUCGAAGGAAACAUCGCAAGGUUAUCCUGCAUAUGGGUCCCACAAAUAGUGGUAAAACAUACCAUGCUUUGAAGCAACUUGAGUCAAGUUCGUCUGGCAUAUACUGUGGUCCAUUGAGAUUGUUGGCAUGGGAGGUGGCAAAACGGUUGAACAAGGCAAAAGUUCCUUGUGAUCUCAUUACAGGACAAGAGAGAGAGGAAGUUGAUGGUGCAAAGCACAAGGCCGUGACAGUUGAGAUGGCCAGUGUAACCUCGGACUACCAUUGUGCUGUUAUUGAUGAAAUUCAGAUGUUGGGGUGUAGGACAAGGGGUUUUUCAUUUACUCGUGCUCUAUUAGGAAUCUCUGCUGAUGAGCUUCACCUUUGUGGAGAUGCAGCCGCUAUUCCUCUUAUCCUGGAAAUACUGAAAGUGACUGGUGAUGAGGUUGAGGUUGAAUUUUAUGAGAGACUUUCACCUCUAGUUCCGUCUAAGAUUCCUCUUGGAUCCUUCUCUCAAAUCCAAACAGGCGAUUGUAUUGUAACCUUUUCACGCCAAGAGAUAUACAGACUAAAGAGGAAAAUUGAAAAUGGGGGAAAGCAUCUUUGUUCUGUAGUUUAUGGCUCACUGCCACCAGAGACUCGAACUAGACAGGCAACAAUGUUCAAUGAUGCAAGCAGUGACUUUGAUGUUCUUGUGGCUAGUGAUGCCAUUGGGAUGGGUCUCAAUCUGAACAUUUCCAGGAUCAUAUUUUCAACUAUGAAGAAGUUCGAUGGUUUUGAAAUGCGGGAUCUUACUGUACCUGAAAUCAAGCAAAUUGCAGGGAGAGCUGGCCGGUAUGGAUCAAAAUUUCCUGUUGGUGAAGUGACUUGUAUAGAUGCAGAGGAUCUACCUUUACUUCAUUCUUCACUCGAAUCCCCUUCGCCCACUCUAGAGCGUGCUGGAUUAUUCCCUACCUUCGAUCUCAUGUUUAUGUAUUCACGUGUACACCAAACAAAUAGUCUCCAUGGGAUAUUGGAGCAUUUUCUGGACAACGCAAAAUUAUCUGAAAAUUAUUUUAUUGCUGAUUGUGAAGGGACAUUGAAAGUUGCUGCUGUUAUUGAUGAGUUGCCCCUGGGGUUGCAUGAUAAGUAUCUGUUUUGCAUCAGUCCAGUUGACAUGGAUGAUGAUAUUUCAUCUCAAGGCCUUACACAGUUUGCACAAAAUUAUGCAAACAAAGGCAUAGUUCGGCUGCGAGAAAUAUUUACACCAGGAACACUGAAAGUGCCAAAAACACAAGCUGCUCUCAAGGAGCUUGAAUCCAUACACAAGGUGUUGGAUCUCUAUGUUUGGUUGAGCUUCCGAUUGGAGGAUUCCUUCCCAGAUCGUGAUGUGGCUUCAUCACAGAAGGCCAUUUGCAGUCUGUUGAUCGAGGAGUUCCUGGAAAGACUAGGGUGGCAGAAGCCAAGGGCAAGGAGGUUACCGUCACGUAGAAGCUUAGGUUCUCUGCUAUCCAAAGACAUCAGGCCAUACUUGUGAGAUAGUUCUGAUUUUCGCCAUGCAACCAUUCCUUCUCUUAGAUCUUCGACAGCUUUUAGGAUAAAGAAGUUCAACAGUUGAAAACUCCAGCUUUUCAAGAAAGUUCCUUUACUUCAUCAUAUGUUCUUUUAAUUCAAUCAAUUGCUCUGGCAAUCAUUAUACUAUUUGUCAAACAGUAAAUGUAAAAAUCUGGUGAGAGUAAUGUGAUAUAAAUUGAUGGAAUUAUUAUUGA